GAAAACUACCCCAUUUGGAAAAGGUUUUGUGAGACUGUUACCUGUUAAAUUAUUUACCAUUACAUGCAACAAUUUUUGUGAUCUUGCAGGUUUUGUUUGCCAUAGAACUCAUCAUGAUGUCUUCAUAACCUUUUUGAUAGUAGUCACCCAAUUUUCAAAAUAUGUCCAAGAUUAUAAGCUGUACUUCACUUCAGCUUCAUUAAGAUCUCAUUAAAAUCCUAUUCUCUAUACAUUCUCAUGUAUCCAAAUCUGCCAUGGAUUGUAGACUGGUGGGCUGCAUAGAAAAGUAUAGUGUUUGCAAGAUGUUGGUGCCUGUGAAAGUAAACUGGGAAGCAUGGAUGGUUUUACUAUCAAGCUCUAAAUACUGAAAAUCAUUCUGCCAGAAACAUGCCCUUGAUCUUUGUGUUGCAAGACGUUUUCAAGAUAAAGCCAGAGGCCUGCAUUAAACAUGACUGAAGUGGAUAUAAAAUCUGAGACUGUCAUGGAGGUCUGUAUGAUAUGUAAGCAUGGAUUAGUAGAUGCCCAAGACAUUCAUGAAGCAAGAACAUCAUUCUCCAAGACUUUGCUGGCAGUUAAGCUGGGUAAGAUCAUCCAAUCAUCAUUUCGGAAAGAUGAAGAAGGUGUCACUUACCAAAUAUGCAGUGGGUGUGCUGAGCUCGUCAAUGAGAUAGACCAGUGUGAGAUCAAGCUGAUGGCCUUGGAGAAUGAGGUGAAGCUUAAGUACAAAAUGCCGUUCCCGAUCGAGGUGCACAGCCGGAGUAGCCAGGAGGGUGCGCCGCCGCCUGCGCCGCCGCCGCCACCGCCCGACCCCCUGCUGGAGGGUGGCGAGCUGGCGCCGGCGCAAAUCUGCCAGGUGCUGGACGCCGCUGGCGUCGACACCGGCGAGACCUACAGCAUCGAAGUCGUGGACUCGGCGGACGGUCUGCCCAAGGGCAGUCACGUGGCCUUCAGCGACUCGCUGGGCGAGAGCAUCAUCCUGUACGAGCAGCAGGAGGAGGGCUUCACGGGCCAGCAGCUAGUGGAGCUGGAUCACAUGCCCUACAGCGUCCAGCUCAGUGACGACAUCCAGACAUCCGAGGUGACCACCAUCAUCGAGCGGAAGCCGCGUAAACGCCUGAAGCGACGCCGCUGGGGCGCCGAGGGCGGCUACUUCUGCGACGAGUGCGACGCCACCUUCUCCUCCUUCCCGGAGCUGCAGAGCCACCGUCAAACACACGACUCGGCAGAGACGUUCAACUGCCGCUACUGUAAGCACAUCGCCCGCACCAAGAUCAAGCUGCACCGUCACAUGCAGGAGAACCACAAGGACCGCAUGAUACCGUGUCCGUACUGUGAGAAGCGGUUCCCGGAGAAGUGCAAUCUCACCAGACACGUGGCGAUUCACCUGGAGCCCAAGUUCAUCUGCGAGAUCUGCUCCCGGCCCUUCCAUUCCAAGGGCGACCUGGGCAAGCACAUGGUGUUCCGCCACACCACCGAGAAGAACCACCCGUGCCCUGAGUGCGACGCCAGUUUCAAGACCAGCUGGAUGAUGAAGCGGCACCUGUCGCGAGUGCACGCCCGACUUUGAAGGGGAUGGGGGGGGGGGGGGUCUCGCGGCGUUCUGAUGUGCCCCGCUGCGGCCGCGCCCUGCUGCGGGACGCCCGGCAGCUGCGCGGCUGAAGAGCUGAACGGUGCCGGGACGACGGCUUUCCGUCAGAGGGCCCGCGGCCCGGGGCGGCGCUGGUGGCUCGCGGACAGACAUCCAAUCGGCCGAGCCCCGACCCACUGGGACCGCGGUUUGGGCCGACCCCUCGGAGUGAUGCGGUCUGGCGCCAGACCUCUGCGGACGUAGGUCAUGACCGGUGCCAGACCUCUACGGACGGAGGUCAUGACCGGUGUCAGACAUCUGCAUACGGAGGUCAUGAACCCCGUAAACGAAGACUGCGGUGGUGCUGCGGUGUCAGCACGUGACGCGGCGUCGACCGUUGCGUGUCGUCCUCGAACGCUGCUGUACCAUAGGACUGCAUGACCAAGAGUGCGGUGGUGUCGGCCGGCGGCCGCGGCGUGCCCGUGUUGGCCGUGUUCCCUGCUGCCCAUCCGCGAACAAUAACGUUCACGUUCGUAUGUUCAUAUGUAGCGGCGUGUGCUGCGGCGCGCCGAUGUGUGAACUGUCCGCACGCCGGGCAGCCUUGCAGUGGUGGUAGGCGUGUUUGUUCAGUAUGUAGUGCAGUUGAUUUUAGUUAACGGUCCCACAGCAGCACGUCUGGCGUAUUGUGGGACUACGCUACCUGCGUAGUCACAUUAGCUGACAUUGUCAAUACACUCCAGGUUGAGAUA